AUGUUUUCUAAAAAUAAAAAGAAAUUCAAGAGGAAUUUUUCGCGUAAAAAAGUGUUCAAGAGGCAUGGAAAGGAGAGUGGAGAUGCUGUUCUGAAAAUGGAUGAUUUAUCUGAUGGUGACAAUGAGAAAUCAGAGAGAGAAAAUGAGAAUGAGAAGAAGGUUAUGAAGGAAAGGGAACGAAAUUACAAGAAAUUCCUCAUAGAACAAGGAAGAUCUUCAGCAACAAAGUGGGAAACUUUCUCUGAAGAUGAGGAGGAAGUACUCGCAGAAUCUCCGGAUACUUCUCUUCCAAAGAAAAGUAAAGGUAAGAAGAAAAAGUUUGAAAAAACGGAAGAUGUUACUUCAUCAAGAAAAAAGCCCAAAAAUAAAAAGACGGCUGAUGAUUUUGGACAAAAGAUAAAGGAAGCUCUCUCUGAAAAUGAGGAAGAAACAAUUCCACAAUCUCUGGAUCAAUCUUCAGAUAAAUGCAGAGGUAUAAAGAGGAAGCUUGAGAAAACUGGGGAAGAUGUUACUUUACCAGAGAAAAAGUCCAAAAAUAGAAAGAAAUCUGAGGAUUCUGGUCAGAAAAUGGAAAAGGUCAAGGCUAAAUUGAAGGCAAAAUACGACAAUGACAAAUGGGAGAAAAUCCCAAGAGAACUUCCUCGAGAAAAAUCCCAACAACGAUGCUUGGGUUGUCGGGAACUCGGGCAUCUUCUGAAAGAUUGCAAGGUUUUCGCUAAGAAAGCACGAGACAUCUGUCUGAAAUGUGGAAGUUCUGACCACAAACACAAUGUCUGUCCGGUCUACAAAGGUCCCAGAUUUGACUAUGCCACAUGCUUCAAGUGCAAACAAAUGGGUCACAUUUCGAAGUACUGUCCCAAGAAUGCCCACGGUAUUUAUCCGGACGGUGGCAGCUGCAAUUUCUGCCAGGGCGUUGAUCACCUAGCUCGAGAUUAUCCCAAGAAUCGUCGUCGCGGCGGCCGGAAACGCCAUACGAAGGACUCAAAGAAGUUCUAUCGUGUCAACAAGCCCAAGAACUGAGAUUGUGGCUAGGAGUCCUUCUGAAAGUCUACAGUCUUCCCAUUUGAGAAUUUCAUAGGCCUCGGAUACAGCCACGGCUGCUUCCUGGAGUCUCUCCUUAAACACACUGGGCUGUAUUUUUCCGCCAAAGAAGAGUUUUCUGGCCAGAACGGCCACGGGAGCAUGGAGUUCAAAGAGCAUCAUGGCACGGGCUCGAGUCAUUCCAGGCUCGAAAGUAUUGAGAAUGGCCAGGAGACCGCGGAUUAUCUGGAUCUUGUGCUGAAGGAGAAUUUCAGGAAGACCAUUGAGGCCACAUCCUUCAACGUGGCCCAGCAUCUCUACCAGCAUUUCCCUCAAGCUCAUCUGAAGGUAAUGAUUGGGAUGCAAAGUAGCUGUAAAUGGGUCAAGAGAAAUAGACAAUGAGAUUCCUCCCAAAUAAA